GUGCUGCUGGUGACACGGCCACAGUGUCAACAGUGCUCCUCGGAGCAGGCGACGGGACAGGACGGGACAGAGCGGUGCUGUGCGGAGCCCCCGCGCAGCCAACUCGUGCCUUGCUGACCCGGAGCGUUUUGGAGGAUUUUCUCGCUUUCAGGUGACCUCGAGGCAUUUCUACAGGACUUGGAGACCCGGAGUUUCUCCGAGGUGUCUCUAAUCCCUGUGGCAGGUGCCCUCGAGACCCUUUUGCAGGACUUGGAGACCCGGAGCUUCUCUGAGGUGUCUCCAAUCCCUGCGGCAGGUGGCCUCAAGGCCAUUCUGCAGGACUUAAGGCCCGGAGUUUCUCCGAGGUUCUCUUUCUCUCUUGCAGGUGCCCUGGACACCAGACUGUGGCAUGGCAGGGAGACGCUUCAGCCUGCUCAGGCUGUUCCGGAGGAAGAAGGAGGAGGAAAGCCCUGGGGCUGCUCCAGCACAGCAGCCUGAAGAGGUGCAGCAGGUGCAGCCCCCGCAGGAGGAUGCAGGCCAGGAGCGGACAGAAGAGCAGCUCCGUGCCCGUGGCCGCUUCCACAGGGCAGCACAGACAUUUAUGAAAUUCAUGGGCAGUCGGCGUAGAAAGGCCAGGAUCACACCAGCUGAUGUCCAGGCCCAGCCUGACACCAUCCCGACCCAGGUGACAAAUCCUGAUGUCAGCACCGCGUCGACUGCUGCCCCAGCAAAGUGUGACACCACAACCACUGAUCACACAACCCACUGGGACACCACGUCCACCGAUGAUGAGUCAAACUGUGACUCUGUGCUGCCUGGUCUCACGGAGGAGGCCGACGCCACAACAACGGAGGGCGUGGCGAGCACUGACGCCGCGCCUGUUCAGCGCCUGGCCGAUACCCCCAGCCUGGAGUUUCUUGAGGAGAGAGCUGUCUCUGCUGAAGUAGCCAUAACACCAGACGGAGACAUGCAGCAGAGACCCCCCACGGUGCCCAAGCUGGCCUGGGUGAAGGAGGAGGAGAAGGAGGAAAGCCCUAGGGCUGCUCCAACACAGCAGCCUGAAGAGGUGCAGCAGGUGCAGCCCCCGCAGGAGGAUGCAGGCCAGGAGCGGACAGAAGAGCAGCUCCGUGCCCGUGGCCGCUUCCGCAGGGCAGCACAGCUGGUUUGCAGAUUCAUCAGGUGCAUUUGGCAUGAAGAGGCCACUUUCAUGGCCACUGGGGACAUGGCAAACCUCUUCAAUGCCCAGACCAGCGCUGCCCUGCUGGAUUUGCUUGUGGAGAACGGUGUCUACAAAGCAAAGCAAGUGCCGGCCAUAGUCAGGUGCAUCCACCAGUGGCUCACGUCCAAUGUGUCUGAUGAGCACAGGCUGGACAAGACUCUGGUCCUGCUGACCGAGGCACACCCCACGGAUGUCGCAGUGACCCUGCUGCGCUCUGCCCCAGCCUGUGACAGAGCUGCUCGCACCAUGUGGAAGACACUCAUCUCCUCCAGAUGGACUAAGGAGCCGGUGCUGCAGAUCCUCUUCCAUGUGCUGGAAUACUGGCCAGCGCACAGGAGACGCACCUCUGAUGGGGAUGAGAGGGAUGUCUUUGCCCUGGCUGCAACUGUGGCACUCUGGGAGAUCAUCCAGCUGUCCCACUCCUGGUGCCCAGGGGGAGUGAAGGACAAUUUCCCGCGCCUCCUUCUGACUCUGCUCUUCCAAGUUUUCAUCAGCACAGAGGAGAUGUCAGAGGAGGUCGAGACCUUCUGGAGGCGAUGCCGGGAGCAGCGCAGCCUUCCCCCCAACCCCAACAGGUUUGCAGUGCAGACUGUUAAAGCCCUGCUGCGCCAGCUGCUGGAUGAGGACGUGUUGAUGGCGAUCGGUCGCAAGAGUGGCUGGGACAUGCUCCUCAAGGCUGACAGCCACCACUAUGCAGUGGGUCUGCUGGCCAGGGAGCUGUGCCGUGUCUCCCUCCCCUUCGGUCACCGCAUCGCCGUCAGCCUGCUCCCGCGGCUCAGCAGGGGAGACCCCCUGUGGGAACUGCCUGCCCUGGCGUUCCUGGUGGAGGUCCUGCACUGCCUGAACCCCAGACAAUAUGGGCCCAGCGUCCUGCAGAUUAUUUCCAGGCACCUGCGCAGUCAGUGCCCGGAGAGGCGUCGCCUGGCGCUCCGAGGCCUGGUGGUGCUCAGCAAGGCUCCCUCAAUGGCUAAGAGCAUCUGGAGCCUGAAUGAAAGCCUCCUGGAGCUACUGCAGGAUGCAGACACAGACGCAGUUCAGAUGACCCUCUCUGCGUUCAUCAAUGUGCUGGGCUUGAAAAUCAUCAAAAUAUCCACCCCUACUGCCCUGAAGUUGCUUGAGGCGCUGCGGCCACUCUUUGACAACGAGCACAGCCAGCUGCAGCAGCUCUCCAUGCUCCUCUUCCGGGAGCUGAUGGAAGCGACAGAGAGGAACAAGAGCCUAAAGCCACAUGUGUACCUGAGUCUGGUGCCAUUCUACUUCAACUGGCACAAUGAGAACCAGCGUGUGGCAGAGGCCUCUCGGAGAGCACUGUUUGGUGCAGCCAGGUUCUUGAAGUGGAGAGAUCUUGAGCACUUGGUGACCAUGGAGCAGCCGUGGAGGUUUCCCGAGUGCCUGCUGGAAAAGGACAGGAGCCGAGUGGGCCAGUACGUGCGCCAGGCCCUGCCGUUCCUGGAGAGCCCAGAGGAGCCCCUGCGAAAGCUGGCCAUCAAGUUUCUGGGGAUCGCCGCCAGGUCCAUGAAGCAGGAGCAGCCAGAGCUGCAGCUCAUCUGCCAAGCCCUUCAAGACAUGACUGAUGACAGCCCUGCCAUCUCAAACCUGGCCAUUGAAACGCUCCACAUCAUCAGAGCUGUACGGAGGACUUCAUUCUUCUCAUUCUGGUAGUCUCCGUUGCUGCCUCUUCCAGCCCGUAGAGG